AUGCGUUACCAUACUCUCGGUUUAACAUUUUCCCUCCUCCAUUUCGCAUCACCACAAAACAUCUGCUACUACCCUAACGGCGACACACAACCCCACGACGUCCCAUGCGACCCCGAGGCGGAAGUAACAGGAUGUUGCUGGUCGCGUGCAGCCUGCCUUACAAACGGGCUUUGUAUUAUGGGUGGUGCGGAAAGCGAUAGCGGCCAAGAGUACGCACGUGGCACCUGUACGGAUAGAAGCUGGUCUAGCCCACUCUGUCCACAGAAUUGUCAACUCAAUCAAGACACGCCGAAUAAUUCUAGCGCUUACGACUUCCGCGCUGAUGGUGUCAAAGUCUGGCAGUGUGGCUCGCAGGGAUAUGGCAGGGAAGCGGAGUACUGUUGUGAAUCCGAGGCGGAGGGGCAGAGGUGCUGUCAGACGGAUACAGCGGUGUUUGUCUUGACGAGUGCUACUGUUGGCCCGUAUACAGGAAUUGAGAGUUCUUCGUUGCUGUCGUUGACUUCAUCCGCUACCUUGAGUGCGAGUACUACGCCUUUGCCAACUCCAUCGCGCACUGGGUCCGCUGCUCAGAGUUCCCAGAGCCCGCCAGCCGACGCCUCGAACCGAAGCGACAACAAGGCAACUACGAUUGGUGCUGGGGUUGGUGGAGCAUUAGGAGGAUGCCUUCUGACUACAUUGCUGGUAUUCUUCAUCAGGCGCCACAAAAACCGACGAGCUGCUCUCCGUCUAGAGGAGUCUCGAGCCGCCGUUGCUGAAUUCAACGAUAAAGCUGAACUAUCAACCGAGGAGACGUAUGCGGAACUGUCGAGCCAGAGCCAGAUCAAGGCGGUCUGGGAGCUGCCGGGAGAUGAACGCCUUCCGAGCUACCACGCGAACAGUCGAUGA